AUGCUUUUUGGGAGCAACAGUAAUAGUAAUUUGAAUAACGCUCCGAUGAAUGCGGAUGAUCUCACGACUGAUGUUAACACUUUGAAUACGAUAGUCAAAUUACAGGAAUAUAUUCAGCACGCCAUAUCACAAUUGAAUUAUGAGACGGCAGUCUUCUUAUCAGAGCUACUGUAUGCCGAAUGCUCCCCAUUGGAAAAGAAUCAUGUACACAGACUUGAAUCCGUUUACCUGUACUCUUUAUCUCUAUAUCUACAAGGCGAGUUUCAAACAGCUUUACGAGUCAGCAAGGAUUUUAAAGAGGCUGAUCAUAUGGGGAUUAGCUACAUUUUUGCAAGAUGUUGUUUGCAGCUUGAUACCGACUUGAAAGAAGCAGUGGAUGCGUUACUCAAUGUGCUUGAUAAAAAACCUUCAGUAACUUCCAAUGGCAAUCUGACUCAUAUGCCGACAGUUGCAACAAUUAAUUGCCUUUUGGGGAGACUAAAUUUCAAGCUCGAAAGAACACCGGAAAGUGCUUUAUUUUAUUCCAGCGCUUUGAAUGCAGAUCCUUACUUGUGGGAAGCAUACACGUCGCUUUGUGCAUUGAGAGCCACUAUCGAUCUGAAGAGGCUUUAUUCUCUAAUGACCAAGCAAAACCAAUCAACAAGUAACAGAUUUAAGUCGAGGUUCAGCGUUUCGAAACCACAUUCAACAGCCACCCCAUAUCAAAGCAGCAACCGUGUACCGUCAUCUUCAUCAUCUUCAUCAUCGUCACUAUCAUUGAAUGCAAAUGGAUCGAAGCAACAAUCGCAGGUAAAUGCUCUGGCGCCUCAACAUACUUCGAUAAAGGGACAACCAACUAACUCUAUGUUAAAUAAAGCAAAUGUUGUUGUAUCCACUAGUGCAUUCUCUUCACCUCCUUCGUCAAAGCAACCUACUGGUAAGUUAGCAAACAGAUCAAAGUUACUCACAACACCUCCUUCAAAAUUGUUGCAUACUUCAAACUUCAAGACUCCCAGAAAUAACACUCUGUCUCGCAGUUCAGGUCCCAAAAGGGGUGAAACAUUUUCAUCGAUGAUUGUCAAACCUGAACAUCAUGGACUUUUGACUACCGCACUGUCAACAACAGCUACUACUCCUCAUACUUUAGCAGAGUUGAUUCUUACUUUUGCCAGAGUUUUGAAGGCCUCCUCUCAGUACGAUUCAUACAAGGCUAUCAGGCUCUUAGAAAACCGGCUACCAUCGCAUAUCAAAUCCGAGAUGCCUUGGUGUCAAGCUCAGCUGGGGAAACUUCAUUAUGAGAUACUUAACUAUGAGGAAUCUUUAAAUCAUUUCAAUCAACUGAGACGAAUGCAACCAACAAGGACUCAAGAUAUUGAAAUCUUCUCAACCUUGUUGUGGCAUUUACACGAUAGUACAAGAUUAUCGCAUCUUUCAAAUGAACUCGUCGAGACACUACCCAACAAACCGCAAACUUGGUGUUGUUUAGGGAACUUGUACUCCUUGCAACGAGAUCAUGAAGACGCCAUCAAAUAUUUUGAAAAGGCCACAAAGAUUGAUUACAACUUCGCAUAUGCUUACACCUUACAAGGCCAUGAACACUCAUCAAACGACUCGAUAGAUACUGCCAAAAACUGUUACCGAAGAGCACUUGCCUGUGAUCCUCAACAUUAUAACGCCUAUUAUGGUCUUGGUAUGUGUUAUAUGAAGUUAGGUCAAUAUGACAAAGCACUACUGUUUUUCGAGAAAGCCAGAAAUAUCAAUCCGGUCAAUGUCAUCCUAAUAUGCUGCUGUGGAGUAGCCCUUGAGAAGCUGUCCUAUCAGGAAAAGGCGUUACAAUAUUAUGAACAGGCAUGCGAAUUACAACCGAGCUCCUCGCUGGCGAAAUUCAAGAAAGCUCAUCUACUGUAUUCCAUGGCUAGAUACAGCGCUGCAUUAGAAAAUUUUGAGGAGCUUGCAAAAUUGGCUCCAGAUGAAGCUACAGUGCACUUCCUCCUAGGUCAACUCUACCAGAUUAUGGGCCGAAAAAAGGAUGCAGUUAAAGAAUUUACGGUCGCCAUGAACUUGGAUCCGAAAGGGAAUCCUCUUAUCAUCGAUGCUUUAGAGAAAUGCCAUUCAGAGGAAUGA